GCGGCACGACGGCAGCCCAGACAAGUCACGGCAUUCUGGGUCGGCGGAAAAUCGCGCGAGACCAUUUCUCUCCCCUAAUCCGACGAAUUUUUUCAUUUCUCUUUCAUUUUUUUUUUUUUUGAUUGAUUUCCACGUUCGACGACUUCGACGACGACGACGAGCACGAAGAACAGAGACAACGCACACACACACGAUACGACACUUGAAUCCAGAUUCGAAUUUUGUUGACUGUUUGAUCGUGACUUUGCCAGUGAUAAUUUCAUUGUUCACAACUGAUCGAGCUUCGUAUUUCGUAUUAAUAGCGAUAGUGAGGAUUAUAAUAAAUUAUUGAUAGUUUGGUGGAAUUUGUAAAAAUUUCGAUUGUUUCCGCCACGAUCGCUUUGUUUUCCAGCAGCGGAAAAAAUCAUUUUCAGCCGCUUGUUUUCAGCUUAGAAUAGAGACGGGAGUGUUAGCAACAUGGUGUUCACAAAGGCAAUGCCAGCCUCCGGAAAGACAGAGACCAGCAACGGCGACGCCGCCUCCAACCCUGCCCAGAGGACCACCUUCAGGCCGCCAUGGGUGAAGGAGGGUCCCAAUCCACUUCCGGUUCCCACCCAGCCGUGGGAACUCAAGAAGGCACCGCGGCGUGACUCCUCAGACAGCUCCACCACCGACAACCCUCUAGGUGUGACGUUGCGCAAGGUGACGGUGCCCACCAAAGAGUCGCAAGAGAACGGCGAAGGUACCAGAGAUGUCACGUUCGAGAAACCCAAACUGAAACCGGUGCCGCGCAAAGAGAUCGACAUACCCAAAAAAAACAAAAUCCCACUGCCCAAACUGAACAGCAUUACGGACGCCACUGAAAACAAUCCAUUAGCUGGCGUACAGCUGAGGAAGACGUCCAUAAAGACCAGCGAGCCGCAGGAGAACGGCACCAAGGAGCCGGAGUUCAUCAAGCCCAAACUAAAGUCGGUGCCGGUGCGUGAGAAGACGCCGCCGAAGAAGGACCACAAGCUGCAGCUGCCCAAGCUGAACAGCGUGGCGGACAGGAAGCUGAAGGACCCGCCACGCAAACCCUCGCUGACCAGGGUGCCGACCAACGACGACGACCUCGACAAGGAAGUUCCCGCCACUAGGAACGCCCUAGUGCGUGCGGAAAGCAUGAGGAGGAUGUCACAAGUCCACAUACCCCACGCCCCUCCAAUGCCACCUCCCGCUCCCCUGAUGCCCGGCGAGGAGCCGAAGAAGGAGCUCUCCUCCCAACAGAAGAAGAGACUCGAACAACUGCGGUCGAGACCCAAGGUGAGACCGGACUGGUCGUGCAUGCUCAAGGAAAUCGAGGGUGUGAAGAAGCUGCGUCACGUAGAAUGCAACGACAGGUCGCAGCCUUUGUUGCCGGACGCCAAAGAUCAAACCAAAGACCACUUCGUCUUCGAAAGCGAAAAGGGUGACAACAGCCACCACGAGCUGCUUAGGGAGAUUCAAGGAGGCAUCAAACUGAAGAAGGUGAAGACCAACGACAGGAGCAAACCCAUGUUGGAAGGCCUCAGGAAGUUCAGAAGGCAGAUGACCAUCGAGGAACAAAUCCAGAAAUCCAUGUCCAUGGCCAGCAUACCUCCGGAGGAGAUCCCGGUGGAAGAACAAGACGAGAUGGAUGACAUCGACAAAGUACGAGACGAUUUGCAGAGCACAAAACAAAUGCUAGCCUUAGAGCUGCGCAAUAAAGAGGCUCAGAUAAGAGAAAACAAAAUGCUCCUGGCCAGGAUACAGAAUCUGGAGGCUGAGCUCGAGAAGGAGAAGGCUAGGAAGGCGGAAGGAGGCGACGGUGGUGGAGGCGGUGGCACCCAGGCCGACGACAAGAUCAUCAAGUCACUGAAAACUGAGGCAGAACAGGCCAAGAAACACUCCGAGGAACUGGAGAAGAAGUACAAGGAGUCGGCGGAGGAGCUGGACAGCACCAAGGCUCAAUUGGAGGAGAUGAGACGGCAGCACAGGGACAUGGAGAAGAAACUUCAGGAGGCUAUGCAAGGUAAAAGGAUGUCCUUCUCGGACAGGAAGAACAGCAUGGCCAACGGCGCCGACAACUCAGAUCUGGACUUCAGCUCCGACGAAGAGGAAGAAAGCGACGGCGAGGAGACGGAAGAGAAAAAGGAGAAACGCCUCCAAAAGGAACUCAAGCACCUGCGCAACAAGCUCAGGAACUUCAAGAACAAAGAGGACAACGCCAAGAAGGAACGGAUAGCUUUGAGGGAGAUCAUCAAGAGGAACCAAACCGCCAUCAAGGAGGAGAAGAAGAAGUUCAAGCAGUUACAAAAAGAGGUGGACAAAAUGGCGGCGCUGAUGAAGGACCUCGCGGAGGAAGACGAGGAUGAGAACGAGGACGAGGAGAAGCCGGAGGAGGAAACCGAGGAGGAGAGCGAGGAGGAGUCCAGCGAGGAGGAGUCUUCGGAAGAAGAGGACGAGAGCGACGAGGAGGAGAGCGAGAGCGAGGCCGAGGACGCGCCGGCGGAGAAGCGAAAGGCGAACCUGGAGAGCAGGAACAACAGGCACGAGAGCAUACUGUCGGCGCUCAAGAAGGGCAACUUCAUGCUGAAGGCGAACGCCGAACGGCUGCAGGACGAGCUCAACAAGCAGAAAGACGCGACCGAAUCGCUGAAGCACGACCUCGACUCGGUGCUGUCGGAGUUGGGUUAAUGGGUCGGUGUUUCUCGGCGUAUGACUUAAGUUGGCAGACGCCUGGCAAAUCACAAGGGUGGAACUCCUUCGGUGGCCACCUGGUGAUUUGCCAGUUGUGACUGAUUUUAAAGCGGUAGGUUAGUGGUUCCAAGUGUGGAAUUUCAAGUAAUUUGGUCAUAAUAUCACACUUGGAACAUAAAAAAAUUGUGAUUGAGCUUUUUUAUUUACAAUUUACAUGUUUAUACACUUGUACGACGCCACAACAGUAAACUUAAUCAAUUUUUAAACUAAAUUAACACGUCAAUUCUUAGAUCGACAAGCCAAAGUAAACUAUUCAAGCUAUUUUUAAACCCCACAGCAGUUUUCCAAGGUCUAUAAAGUGCACAAAAAAAAUAAUCUUGUAGUUUAAGCAUUAAUGUUAAGUUUUAAAUAAAACAGAAAGUGGUAUAAGAUCUGCCAGGUUCCAAUAUUUGUGAAAAUCACUUUAAAUUACUAUAAAAUAAACUAACCCUUAGUGUUAAGGAAUGUUACACAACUAAUAAAAGUUUUACUUAGUUUGUAGGUUUACACAUAAAAUAAUUACUGAGGCAAACUGUUCUAAAAGUUGUUUGGGUAUUUUAUUUUGGUUGUCUGUCCUAUAAGAAUGGUAAUAUUUCGUUCACGUUGCUUAUCACAUUUUCCAAAUUUCACACAAGCUCAAAACUAAGCUUCAGCAGAAAAUACUUAAAAAAUAAACGAUAGUACAUGAAAAUUUUUUGUAUACAAUAAGUUUUACGUGUUCUUUUUAACUAUAGAAUAGUUUAACCAUGUUCAGUUGAUGUAAAUAAAGUGUGAUCAGCAAAUAUUUGUAUUUAUGCUUGAUAAAGAUUUUCCUAAUUAAAUUGUAUUGAAAUAUAAA